UUGUAAACCAGUAUCAUGUCAUUGACAUUAGCUCUCCUUAUUCUGCCGGCCAUUUGAUACACAUUACAUCAGCACGCGCGUCUGCCCACUCAGCUUUUGUACAGUAUCCAUUAAUGUUAUGGAAAGGCACAGGACAGACUUCCAGCUCGCGGUUCUAGCUGCAAGGUAACACGCCCCCGGCACUUUCUGCUCAGUGUGUUACACAAUUACAAAGUUAGAAGUCUGGCGUCAUUGCCGAAAUGAAUUAUCCCAACAUAUGUUGCCGAGAUACUGCUGACUAUUUGAACAUAAUUGACAUUCGAUUAAGCUUGUAAAGACGCGAAGAGCAGAUGCGAGUGGAGAGCGAACUGUUGCAGAGGGAGCUUGGCAGGAUCUGUACUUCACUCACCUCAAUCUCUUCCAGGCUCGGCUCGGCUGGAGAUACCAGCGGAGUUCCCAGGCUGACAACACAACCUCAUCAACUCACGGACAGGUCUCACUCAAAUCCAGCUGCUUGUCACUUGCCCAGCACAUUUGCUGAUCUCCGCAAAAGCCAAGACUUCUGAAAGGAGGGGAGGCGUGUCAGCGUGUUGUUAGAAACACACACAUUGAGCUCACAGCAGCCAGCCAGGGAGAUACAGAAGGCAGACUUGGAGUUAAGGAGUAUUAUCAAAGAACUCCUCCGACAUAAAGCAGGUCACUUCAAUGGUUGUCGUCUUGCAGACCUGCUGAGCAUCACUAAAAAGAGGUGUCAAGGUAGUUGUGUUUAAAAUCUGCUUCCUCCUCGCUCGUUUUUCCUUUUCUGGGCAUUAUCAGCUUCAGGCCAUUAACUAUCGAGAGGAUAUUAACGCUGGAGAACGCUCAGAUGAAACCCAAUUCUGUCCCCACCCAGCACGGGAAGGAGCAAGAAUCAAAACCAUACAGACAAUGAAUGGAUCUCAGACACUAUGUUGGACCUGGCACAAUGAAUCUGAUUGGAUAAAUGAGUCCUUCACCGCUCAUUAUCACAUGUUUGAUAUGGUAGAAUCAAUACUCCUUCCUUCUUUCAUUGGUGUUAUCUGUUCCACAGGAUUGGUCGGAAAUAUUCUCAUCCUCAUUACCAUUACCAGAUCAGUGCGGAAGACCAUUCCAGAUAUUUAUAUUUGUAACCUAGCUGUGGCAGAUUUGGUUCAUAUUAUUGGAAUGCCAUUUCUGAUUCAUCAGUGGGCACAAGGAGGCAAGUGGGUGUUUGGCAGUACUCUCUGCACCACUAUCACAUCACUAGACAGUUGCAACCAGUUUUCGUGUUGUGCAAUUAUGACUGCUAUGAGUCUGGACAGGUACCUGGCCCUUGUUCAUCCAUUCCGUCUGACAAGUUUCAGAACCAGGUCGAAAACCAUUAAGAUCAACCUCUGUCUUUGGGCAAUUUCAAUUCUACUGGCCCUUCCUGUCUGGACACAUGCAAAAGUCAUUAAAUUUAAAGAUGGCUUGGAAAGCUGUGCUAUUGAUCUAUCUUCGCCCCAGGACAUACUUUGGUAUACACUGUACCACACCUUAACUUCUUUCUUCUUUCCCUUACCUCUGAUAAUUCUUUGUUACGUUUUGAUUCUGUGUUACACAUGGGACAUCUAUCAAGAAAACAAGAGAACUGGAAGAUAUAAUGCAACUAUCCCCAGAGCACGGCUCAAACGACUGACGAAGAUGGUCUUGGUGUUAGUGGGUAUUUUUGUAGUUAGUUCAGCACCAUACCAUGUGAUUCAAUUAAUAAAUCUCAAAAUCACUCAGCCCACCUCUGUUUAUUACAUUGUUUAUUACAUAUCUAUCUGCCUCAGCUACGCCAGCAGCAGCAUUAAUCCCUUUCUCUACAUACUGCUCAGUGGCAAUUUCCGAAGGAGGCUAACUGGUUGCACAAAGAUUCCAAUGAAAGUGACUGAACGUGAAAUUAUUAACAUAGAAAGCACAAUGAAGUUCAGUUACUGAAUGAUAAAGACUCUUUUAUAAGCAAUUUGAUUGUGUUUUUGAAGUUACGGUGUGGGGAGUAUAGUAAAGUAGAUUUCAAUGUCCAAAUCACCAACUUCAAUAAAAAUAACAUGUAUGUUAUAAAUAUAUUGUGCUAAUGUAUUUAACUUAGUACAAUCUAUGGCUUCAUCCUUUUUUUUAACUUUCAGUAUGCAGUGUAAUAUCUAUUGGAUGUAUAAGGAGUCUUACAUCAAUGAAACUGGAUACUGCAAUGUCACAGAACAUUUUAAUGACUGCCCUUUCAGUGCGAAUCCAACUGAAAUUGAAUCAGAUUACACAAAGAGUUAGCAAGGACAGCAAUUUCAAGGAAUGUGGGUCUGCAAUGUAAUUCCUAGGCUCAGAUCACAUUCUGAGAGGCAGCUAAAAAAAAGGUUGCACUGCUACAAUAGCAAGAGCUCCUCAAAGGUCAAAAUCUAUUGUCAGAAGAAUAAUAAUCAAAGCUCUGAAAGUGCAGCUCUCCCACACCAUUAGUUGCAAAAAUCUAAUCCCUACUCAAUAAACGUCAACAUUCAGUUCAAGUGGCAUAAGUCACAGUGGAAGUGUUAGUGUAAGAACAUCAGCAAAGUAUUAUAAAGCUCAUAUUAUAUCUGCUCAUACACUUCAAUCCCUUCUUAGUGCAAACUACAACUGUUGGCUUAAAGGGAGCCGUGUUUAUGUGUGUAUUUCUGUACCUGUGACAGCAAGGCUUUAACCAUUAUUAGAAAUGUAAUGAUAUGCUUUGUAUUUAUAAUUAUGUUUUCAAGUUUAACACAAGUUUUGAGAAGAAAAUGAUAAAUAUCUAGCAGUUUGUUCCAUAUAUAUCAUUGAUAAGUAUCAUAUCUUCUGUUUUUCAGUUUGUAAUUAAAUUGAAAUAAAAGAAUAUAGUAAUUAAAGAACAAUAUUAAGUAUGAGGUCACAAAAUAUUGAUGUGAACUGUUAAGGAACUCGUGUAUUAAAGUAUUCAAGACGUAUAUGAAAAUAUGUAAACAUGCAUGCACUAAAUGUCAACAUAUUAUAAUCUGAUCUACUGUUUGUUUCGAAAAUAAAAGCCUUUUAUGUUGUG